AUGGCAUUCAACAGCUUUGGCGGUGGGACUGGAGGCGGUGGCAAUCCACGGUACGGUCGCGACUCCAACGGGCCGCUCCCACCAGCCACAGGCUUUCCUACUGCCCGCCCUAUGCCAUACUACACGACCGCCAUGCCUGGAGGAUGGCCGUAUGCCCAGCCGCAAUAUAUCGGGCAUGUCCCCAUGACCUUGCCGGGUAACCAAGUGUACCUGACAGCGGCUCCGCCCAACAGCGCUCAGAUCCCCAUGAUCAAUCAACAACCCGCCCUCACUCAGGGCCAAGGCCCACAGCCCGCUCUCGACCGCAAUUUUCGCACUUGCAGCAUGCGCAACACCACCGGCGGCUUCGGCUGUGAGCCCGGCUACAACUACUUUUUCCCUGCCGAGCACACCAAGAUCCAUGUCUUGAAGACUGGCCCGACGCCGCCCUGGCAGCUGCCGCCCAACUUUGCCAUCCAGUUCCACGCCACGCACGUGCCCGUCAACACCACAGUCGCCGAGCUCAUGAAGGGCUUUGGUGCCAAGAAUCCGCUGCCAAAGAAAAACAUUAUUACCGAGGUGUGUCCUGGCGGCGGUGGCAAGUGGUACAAGGGCAUUGAGGUCAGCGGUGACAAUCUAGACAUGAUGAAGAAGCCUAUCAAGGAGCUGGGCUGGGAUGGGACACGAACGGGCCUGCGGGGGCAAAAGAAGGUUGUCUAUGUGUACGUUCAAAGAGGCUGA